AUGGCAGACGCGCAGAAUCGGAAGCGGUCGAGAUCCGCGGAGGGAUCUGGCUCCGACAAUGAAUCAUCCGACGAUGACUUUGGGCCAGCUUUGCCUUCUUCAGUGCCGCCCAAGAAAAAGCGAAAGCUGCCGUACGAGUCGCUGUAUGUGGAUGCCUUGCCUAAGGGUAUAAGGUAUUCCAGAUCGUUAAUGCACCGGGAUCAGGUAUCCACCGUGACCAUUGCGCCUUCGCCUGCCGAUUUUGUCAUCACCACCUCGAUUGACGGGGUGGUCAAGUUCUGGAAGAAGAUGGCCAAGGGGAUUGAAUUUGCCAAAGAAUAUCGAGCACACGAGAGCCAGGUAGUGAGCUCGAGUGUCAGUGUAGAUGGGGCCCUAUUUGCCACCACAGGCGACGAAGGUGACAACACCAUCAAGAUCUUCGAUGUCAUCACCUUCGAUUUGUUGACAAUCCUGAACCUCGAGAACCCAGCGACCUGCCUCUGUUGGGUCCAUCGAAGAGGAGCUGCACCUAUACUGGCGGCGGGCAUUGGGAAGGAAAUUCACAUCUACGAUGGCCGUGGCGAUUCCCAGACGCCUAUGCAUGUCUUGUCAUCUCUGCACCGGGCUCCUGUCGUGGCUAUGGCUUACAACCCGGCCUUCGACUGUGUGGUGUCUGCAGAUUCCGGUGGCAUGAUCGAGUACUGGCAACCCAGCGACAACUAUGAAAAGCCCGACAAUGUGUUCAAGAUGAAGUCUACCACCAAUCUGUUCGAUUUCAAGAAGGCCAAGUCUGCACCUUGCAGUAUCACGAUAUCACCAUCCGGUCAUCAGUUCGCUACAAUCUCUUUCCCGGACAGAAAGAUACGAGUGAUUGACUUUGCUUCCGGCAAGCUUUAUCGAUCUUAUGACGAAUCAAUCGAGACCAUUACAGCAAUGCAGCAAGCUGGGACCGCCCUGCAGAAGCUCGACGAGGUGGAAUUUGGUCGGAGGAUGGCGGUUGAACGCGACCUUGAUAAUCCAGCUGUGCGGUCUAGAAUCAAUGUAAUCUUCGACGAGUCCGGCCAUUUCAUCGCCUACGGGUCUCUCCUAGGCAUCAAGGUCGUCAACACUUUGACCAACCGGGUCGUGAAAGCUUAUGGCAAAGAUGAACCGUUUCGAGCACUGAACAUAGCGUUGUAUCAGGGUGCGCCGCAAAAGAAGGAAGUAGUCACUGUCUCCAUGGCGGCCAGCGCAAAUCCGCUCCUGAACGAGGCUGAAGAAAGAGAUCCCAUGCUCUUUGCUACCGGAUAUGGCAAGGUCCGGUUCUACAUGUUCACCAACGAGGAAGACAUCAGCAAGUCGUCCCGGGAUGUACAGAACGAGAAACCGCGAGCGACGGGAGGGAAGAAAAAGGAGACGAAGCAGGCCCAGACAGGGACAUCUGCAGUUCUCCAUACGACUUACGGCGACAUCAAUAUACGGCUGUUCCCGGACAAGGCACCAAAGGCGGUAGAAAACUUUGUCACACAUGCGAGGAACGGCUACUACAACAACACCAUCUUCCAUCGGGUCAUCAGGAAAUUCAUGAUCCAAGGAGGAGAUCCGCUCGGUGACGGGACAGGCGGCGAGAGUAUCUGGGGGAAGGAGUUUGAAGAUGAGUUUUCCGAUCUCAAACACGACAAGCCGUACACGGUGAGUAUGGCGAAUGCAGGGCCCAACACGAACGGGUCACAAUUCUUCAUUACAACCGAGAAGACACCUUGGUUGGACAACAAGCAUACCAUUUUCGGCCGAGCGUACCAGGGGUUGGAUGUGAUACAUCAGAUUGAGAAUACGAAGGUGCGCAAGGAAAAGCCCGAAGAAGACAUUAAAAUCGUCAACAUCUCGAUCAGUUAG